CAAUUCGAGGUGUCAAUGUCUCAGCUGGUUAAAGUGGAUGAGGUGAACCAAAUUAUGGAAACAAAUCUGUGGCUGAGACACAUAUGGAAUGAUUACAAGCUCAGGUGGAAUCCCAAAGAAUUUGGAGGGGUAGAGUUCAUCCGUGUACCAUCCAACCGGAUCUGGAAACCAGACAUUGUGCUCUAUAACAAUGCAGUGGGAGACUUUCAGGUAGAUGAUAAAACCAAAGCUCUUCUUCGCUAUAACGGAGAUGUGACAUGGAUUCCUCCUGCCAUUUUCAAAAGCUCUUGCAAGAUUGACGUUACCUAUUUCCCAUUCGAUUACCAGAACUGCACUAUGAAGUUUGGCUCAUGGACUUAUGACAAAGCCAAGAUUGACCUGGUGCUUAUCGGCUCUACUAUAAACCUGAAGGAUUUCUGGGAGAGUGGAGAGUGGAUGAUUAUUGACGCUCCAGGAUAUAAACAUGACAUCAAGUAUAACUGUUGCGAGGAGAUCUACACCGACAUUACCUACUCGCUGUAUAUCCGUCGACUGCCUCUAUUUUAUACCAUUAAUAUGAUCAUUCCCUGCCUGCUCAUCUCAUUUUUGACCGUCCUGGUGUUUUAUCUUCCAUCAGACUGUGGUGAGAAGGUAACACUUUGUAUUUCAGUUCUCCUCUCACUUACUGUAUUCCUUUUGGUCAUCACAGAAACAAUCCCAUCUACAUCUCUGGUCAUUCCACUAAUUGGCGAGUACCUUCUCUUUACCAUGAUCUUCGUCACUCUAUCCAUUGUCAUUACAGUCUUUGUGCUCAAUGUGCAUUACCGAACACCAAAGACCCACACCAUGCCACACUGGGUUCGCCAUGUCUUUCUUAGCUUCCUUCCCAAAAUUAUGUUUAUGACCAGGCCUGAGAGAGACCCAAGAAGGCAUGUGGGUUCAGGGGCACCUUCUCAAUCAUGUGCCAUCCAGGCCUCUGUGCCCCAUUCCCAACAUCUUACCAAGCAGCAAAGCCUUCCUCAGCGCUCCCAGUUUUUCCUCAAUACCGAGCUUAAUACCCUGAGCGAAGCUGUCAAGGCCAGCUCAGGUUUCCUGUGCAGAGAUAACAGAUGUAACUGCACCAUGAGGCAGCACUCAGGCCAACUGCCCACAGAUGGCACUGCAGCAUCAGGACUGGCCCCUUUAGGAGUGAUUAGUGGAGCAGGUGGUGUGUCAAGAAAUGGAGGAGUUGGAGCAGAAGGAAGUAGCCCUUGUUCAAGCUCAGACUCUUUGAAUGUAGGACUUUUAACCCUUACUACACUCUCACCGGAAGUUCGGCAAGCUAUUGAGAGCGUGAAGUACAUUGCAGAGAAUAUGAGAUUACAGAAUGAAGCCAAGGAGGUCCAGGAUGACUGGAAAUAUGUGGCCAUGGUGAUUGACAGGAUCUUCUUGUGGGUGUUUAUCCUGGUGUGCAUUCUGGGAACAGCAGGACUCUUUUUGCAGCCUCUCCUCCUGGGGGAAGAUAUGUGA